AGGAAAGAAGCCUCUGGCAUGGAAGGAGAAAACCACACAGAAGUAUUACAAUUCCUCCUGCUUGGACUCUCUGAUGAUCCACAAGUGCAGCUCCCCCUCUUUGGAAUGUUCUUAUCCAUGUAUCUGGUCACUGUGCUUGGGAACCUGCUCAUCAUUCUGGCUGCCAGCUCUGAUUCUCACCUCCACACCCCCAUGUACUUCUUUCUCUCCAACCUGUCUUUUGUGGACAUCUGUUUUACCUCUACUACUGUCCCAAAGAUGCUUGUGAACAUUCAGGCACAGAGCAAAGACAUCUCGUAUUUACAGUGUCUCAUUCAGGCAUAUUUCUUUAUGGUUUUUGCUGGAAUGGAUAACCUCCUUAUAAGUAUAAUGGCAUUUGACCGCUUUGUGGCCAUUUGUCACCCCCUAAAUUACACAACCAUUAGGAACUCUCAAUUCAUCAGCCUCCUAGUUCUGAUUUCAUGGAUCAUAGUUUUAACAGUCUCCCUGGUUCAUGUUCUACUAAUAAAGUGGUUAACCUUCUCCAGAGUCACUGAAAUACCUCAUUUCUUCUGUGAGAUAACUCAGAUCCUUAAGGUAGCCAGCUCUGAUACUUUCAUUAAUAACAUCACUGUGUAUGUGGCUACUGCCUUACUAGGUGUGUUUCCAGCCGCUGGCAUCCUCUUUUCUUACUUUCAGAUUGUCUCCUCUUUGUUGAAAUUGUCCUCAAUUGCAAGCAAAUUUAAAGCCUUUUCCACCUGUGGAUCUCACCUCUGUGUGGUCUGCUUGUUCUAUGGAACAACACUUGGUGUUUACCUCAGUUCUGCUGUAACCCACUCUUCCCAUGGUAGCACUGUAGCCUCAGUGAUGUACACUGUGGUCACCCCCAUGCUCAACCCCUUCAUCUAUAGUCUGAGGAACAAGGAUGUGAAGGGGGCUCUAGGAAGACUAAUCAAAGCAGGCUCUCCUUGA